CAUCAGACCGACCUGGCACUUGCUCCUACGACCGACUAGAGAACACGUUGGUGGAAAAUUGUUGGUGGCGAUGGGUGGCCCAGGAGCGAGGGUGGAAGAGGGCGGCGGGCGGCGUGGGGUUGCGCCAGGGCCAGGACUGGGCGGCCAAGCAGCCAGGAACUUAGAGGAGAGUCACGCGCUGGAGGAGACGGCCACGAGGGACACCAGGACGGUGGAGGAGAGAGUGUGGCAGCACAUGGCCAGCGUCCCUUGCCUUGACCACGUCCAUACUGACCCUGUUAUCGUGCCCCAAACUGUGGCCACCUGGACCCAGCCACAAGACGUGUCACCAGGGCCGGGCACCUACCUGACGACUGGCCAAGACUACGGAAGGUUCCCCCGCGGCUCUGAGGCACUGGCCCGACCCCCAGUCACCCACACCCUUAACACCCGCUUCACCCACCACCUGGCUUCUGCUGGUAUGUUCAGGAACCACUCCCUCAACCAGUAGGUGAAUCAACACCACACUCAACUAGAAAGUGGCACUCAAGCACCACCAUCAACCAAGAGGUGGCACUCAAGCACCAACUCAAACUUCAGGAAUCUCUAACUUAAACAGUAUGUGACGCUCAACCACCACCUACAACGUCUCUCUACAGUAAACAAGUGGAUUUCAUUUAAGAACGAUCCCCCACGCGAUCCUUCACCUAGCAGCUGAAGCUCAAGCACCACCUGUAUGUUCAGGUAACCUUUAUUCAAUUAGGUGACCUCCCCCAUCAACACUACCACCUAGAAGCUGAAAAACCGGUCCCCAUAAUCAGUUAUGGUGACGUUUACCUUCAAGCAGGCACUAAAAUACCACCCCUUAACGUGAGGAUAAUAACUGUUUCCAAACUUCUAGGUGACGCUCACCACCAGUCUGUUGGCGGGUGAAUCUACAACCAGCUGUCAUUGAGAAGGUCAACUCCCUGUGAGUCACUAUUUUGAAGCAUCUUCUAUAAUUAAUCACAAAAAAACUAAUAAAAAUAUAGAAAAAUAUAUAAAUACUUAAAUAAUUGGUUAAAUAAACACUAAGGAUAUAUAAUUGAAUUAAAUUAAUUAAAAACAAAUUAAUAAUAAUAUAGAGAUAAAAUGAUCCAUUAUUUAGGAAAAAACUCACCCAGGCACUGUUAACCACGUACUCCAUCCUUCAGUAAUGUCAACGUUAUAUCGCCAUCGUAGUUUAUCAUGUGUAAAUAAAAACAAACAGCUAU